CUCUGCCCCAAGAUGGUGGCGCCCGCAGCGCCGCUCUUGCUGCUUUCCUGAGUCGAACGAAAGCCGGGAGCCCCGCGUCAUGUCGAAGCUCAGCCGGGCCACUCGGGCCCUCAGGAAGCCCGAGGUCGGCGGCGUGAUCCGGACCAUCGUGCGGGCGGGCCAGGCCAUGCCCGGGCCCCCACUUGGCCCCGUCCUGGGUCAGCGAGGCGUUUCCAUCAACCAGUUCUGCAAGGAAUUCAACGAGAAGACGAAGGACAUCAAAGAAGGCAUUCCCCUGCCUACCAAGAUUUUUGUGAAGCCUGACAGGACAUUUGAAAUCAAGAUUGGACAACCCACUGUCUCCUACUUCCUAAAGGCAGCUGCUGGGAUUGAGAAGGGUGCUCGGCAGACAGGAAAAGAGGUGGCAGGCCUGGUGACCUUGAAGCACGUGUAUGAGAUCGCCCGCGUCAAAGCUCAAGAUGAGGCCUUUGCCCUAAAGGACGUACCCCUGUCCUCUGUUGUCCGCUCCAUCAUCGGCUCUGCCCGUUCCCUGGGCAUUCGCGUGGUGAAAGACCUCAGUUCAGAAGAGAUGGCAGCUUUCCAGAAGGAGCGAGCCUUAUUCCUGGCUGCUCAGAAAGAAGCAGAUUUGGCAGCCCAGGCAGAAGCUGCCAAGAAGUGACCCUUGCCUGCCACACUCCAAGGUCUCGAAGGAAGCAGUUGAGAAGGGGUCUAGUUGAGAAGGUCAUGCCAAAGGGGAGGAGGGGAGGUCACACCGACAUGAUGAUUAUUUUCCUGGUUUUAAAUUAUAUAUUUUUACACAUGGGUGUAUCAAGGGAUCAAGCCUGAAUAAAUAUCCUUUGUGCCCCACUCUCA